UGAAGGGUACCUCAUACGAGUCAAAACAGCUUCUUCCGAAAAUUAUUUCAGUAGUGAAUUUCGCUCGGUAAAGAUCAAUUUUUGUCAAAUCGGAUCCCGAAAUCUCUAAUCAAUCAACAUGACCACUUAUUUCAACGACUACCCAACUGAAUUGCAAGAUGAAUUGCGUCGCAUUGCUAAUGCCAUCGUUGCUCCAGGCAAAGGUAUUUUAGCUGCUGAUGAAUCAACUGCAACAUGCGGAAAACGCUUUGCUGACAUCGGAGUGGAAAAUAACGAAGAAAACCGUCGGGCAUAUCGUGAAUUACUCUUCACCACUGAAGAUGCUCUCUCAACAAACAUUUCUGGUGUUAUCUUGUUCCACGAAACUGUCUACCAAAAGACUGCUGAUGGAACUCCAUUCAUUGAUGUCCUUAAGAAGAAGGGAAUUAUUCCUGGAAUCAAAGUUGACAGCGGUGUCGUUGAUUUGAUGGCCUCCGAAGGUGAAUGCACAACUCAAGGUCUUGACAACUUGGCACAACGUUGCGCUCAAUACAAGAAGGAUGGAUGUGACUUCGCUAAGUGGCGUUGCGUUCUUAAGAUUGGAAAGAACACUCCAAGCUAUCAAGCAAUCUUGGAGAAUGCCAACGUGUUGGCUCGUUAUGCUUCAAUCUGCCAAUCACAACGUAUUGUCCCAAUUGUUGAACCUGAAAUCUUACCCGAUGGCGAUCAUGAUCUCGAUCGUUGCCAGAAAGUCAGUGAAGUCGUCUUGGCUGCUGUCUACAAAGCAUUGAGCGAUCAUCAUGUUUUCUUGGAAGGAACUUUGUUGAAACCAAACAUGGUUACAGCUGGCAUGCAAUACAAGGGAACACGACCAACUCCUGAACAAAUUGCCGUAGCCACAGUCACUGCUUUACGUCGCACAGUUCCAGGAGCUGUUCCCGGAGUCACAUUCUUGUCUGGUGGUCAAUCAGAAGAAGAAGCUUCCGUCAAUUUGAGCGCUAUCAAUAACGUACCCAAGCGCCCAUGGGCCUUGACCUUCUCAUACGGUCGUGCUCUUCAAGCUUCCGUAUUGAGAGCAUGGGGUGGAAAGAAGGAAAAUGUUAAGGCUGCUCAGGAUGAACUUCUUAAACGUGCACGGGCAAACGCUUUGGCAUGCCAAGGAAAAUAUGUUGCUGGAUCAAUUCCAUCAUAUGCUGCCAAUGCGAGUCUGUUUGUAAAAGCACAUGCUUAUUAGAUUGACUGAUUGACUGACUAAACUCUUCAAAAACAUUAUAAAAUUGCUAUAAAACGCACACACAGACACACAGAAUUAAAUAUGCACAUGCACAACAGCACAAAAAUUAUCUGGAAGCAGCAGAAUGUUUGAUGUCAAACGAGCGAGAAUUCCUGCAACAUUAAUAUGCAACUUAGCUUAUUCUAUUUUAUAGUUUGCUCGCCUUGCAAUAUUUUUUUAUUAAUUUUAUAUGACUUUCUUGUUUGAUUUUUAUGCAUGAUUUGUUUGAUAGAUAAAAGGGAAUGUUCAUAAGCUUCGUCUGGUUUUUUGUAAGUUAAAAGGUGAAGGAAAGGAAAACUGACGAAACUUGCAAACAAUCCCUUUACAAAUAUUUCUUUUUAAUUUCUUUUCAAUUCAAUAAGAUUUAUUUUUAUCAUCGCAACUUUUGAUAUUUUCUUCGUUUUAAAUUUAUUGCAUUUAAUUUUGUUUAUAUCAAAAAGAAUUAUUUAGAAGUUAAGUAAGAAUGAUUCUCUUGCGAAUUGAAAAUAAAAACAAAAAUAAUUGAAUUGCUUUUAUGUGAAAUAAUACACAAGUUAGAGGGAAGAAGAGUGGAUUGUAAAUAAAUAUUACUAAGCAUUUACCACAUUCUCCCAAUGGCUUGAAAAAUUAUUAGUUUCAAAAUUAUCUAUUGCACUUUACAG